CAACAUGAACGCUCUAACCCUCGUCACCCUCCUGGCUACCGCCUACUCGGCGUACGCCGGAGCCGUCUACGGCGGUCUCGGCUACGGCUACGGUGGUCUCGGCUACGGCGUCGCCCACGGUGUCGGCCUCGGCUAUGGUGUUGCGCACGGCCUUGGCUAUGGUUACGGUGCUGGUUAUGGCUACGGUCUUGGCUACGGCCACGGUGCUGUCGUCGCCGCUGCCCCAGCUGUCGCUAAGGUCGCUGCCGUCCCAGUUGCCCGUUCCUACACCUACCGUCAGGAUACCUUCGGCGCCCCAGUUGUUGCACACAGGGCUGUUGCCGUGGCUGCCCCAGCUGUCGCUAAGGUCGCUGCCCCAGCCUAUGGUCUGGGCUACGCUGGAUAUGGCUAUGGUGCCGGACUUGGCUAUGCUGCCGGACUUGGCUAUGCUGGAUAUGGCCACGGUCUCUACGGCGGCUAUGGUCUCGGCUACGGCCACGGCCUCUACGGCCACGGUCUUGGCUACGGCGCCGCCAAGGUCUACGGUUAAGAAGUAUGCGUGCACAGAG